CCCUCCAUAUUGGAUGACCUAUAGUGGUUGUUCUUCUGGAUCUGUUGAUUGCGCCUCGGAUAACCUCGAUAAAUCUUACUACGAUGCAUAUGCCGAUUACCUGACUAAUGUUGUGGAUUGGUAUGGAAAUCAAGGUCUUAUUUUCCGAACUAUAGAACCAUUUAAUGAAACAUCAAGAACACAAGAAGGAUGUUAUUUUAGCUGUUCUACAAAAAAUACUAUUAUUAAGAAGGUCGGAAUAAAUCUCAAAAACAAAGGUCUCUCAAAUCAAACAUCCAUUUCAGCUGCAGACGAAAGAUGUAUUGACCCUCAUGCUAAAUUAUAUGUCAGCCAGUAUAAUACUCAUGCUUAUGGUGGAACUGAAAGAACACUACUUAAUGCUCUUCAAAACAAGAUGGAAAAAGGCUUUGGAUGA